UGCUGAUAUAUUCCCUUUAUUACAGAGGCUGUCGCUGUCGCUUUCUCGAAACCGAAAUUGCCGUGGUAGUAUCGCAGCGAAUUUGAACGUGUUUGAAUUGUGUUAUCGCUGUAACAAUCGCAAUAAAUCCGCGGCUUCUCGAAACGUUUUUAUUUAUACGAAAUAUAUUUAAUUCGAACAUUUACGAUAUCUUAUGUGUUAUUUUGUAGUGAAAAAUCGAAUUUAUCCCGUUGUGAUAGUUUUGCUAUAAAUAAACACAAUAAUGAGUAACGAAUACAAUUUUCAAUAUGAGCUCGAAAAAAUACCAUGGCGAUUAGUUGAGCAAAUGGAACCUCAACUGUUUAAAACAUUCCGUUCUGAAUUUCACAUAACAACAUCUUCCGAGCAAUCGAUAUCUUACUCUUCCUCGUCAGGGUACAACAAGCAAUUGAAAUCGUCCAAAGAAAAUAUAACCUCCACUAAGAGAGGAAGUAAUGGAGUAGAAGAACUGAGUAUAACAAAUGGUCGUCCCCCCGAUAAAUAUACUUCAACAACUGCUAUUUACCAGGAUCCCCAGCAAUGGGGCUCUACAAUGCAAUUUAGUGAAAUUAAAUCUUUAAAACGGGUGCAUAAGGUGAAUGAAGGAAUUGGAACCGACAGUAUUAUUGAUACACCAAGCAUAAUUAAUCCAUUUACUGGUGAAAUUAUGACUAUAAGAGAUGCUAUCGCUUCUCGAAUCAUAGAUGUUCGCACUGCCAAAAUAGUAAUAUCAUCAGAUGGAAGUCAAAUCCCCAUUUCAGAAGCUGCAAAACAAGGCUUAAUUGAACCGAAGGUAGUUGAGCGGCUUUACGGGCCUUGUGGUAUAAUUGAAGACGAACAUGCAAUAACUCUUCUUGAAGCUAUUCAGCGGGAGAUACAUGAAGCCGAAAGGAGCUUUAUAGAUCCAUCUGAGAAACAAGUAAAGGUAAAGCACAGUAGUAGCUCUGAUGAGCUCGAUAACAAUGACAGUGUGGAUGUACCACAAAAACGUUAUAUGGAGAGCGACCAAACGUUAUCAAUUAAAGAAGCUACUAAAAAAAAUCGUAUUUAUUCAAAGCAUCAGGAAGUUAAAAUAAAAACUGUUCCGGUAUGUUUAUAUGAUGCACUUGGUCAAGGUCUAGUUGAUGAUAGAACGGGUUGGAUUGUGGAUCGAAAUUCGGGUAAUAAAUAUCAAAUUGACGCAGCAAUAAAUACAAACAUAAUUGAAAACAAUAUUAGAGAAAUUGUUGAUAGUAAAACAGAUCGUAAAAUCACUGUAAGUGAGGCUAUAGAUGAGGGAAUAAUUAAUCCAAAAUUAGGAAAAUAUUGUUUACCCCAUGAAAAGAUUUCCUUUUUGGAAGCUAGGCGAAGACAGUUUAUCAUUAAACCGUUAACCUUAAAAGACGCGUAUGAAUUAAACCUUUUAGAUGACGAAGGUAAUGUAUUUUCACCUUUACAUAAUAAACUAAAUAUUUUAAACGCGAUUGAUUGUGGUGUAUUAGAUUAUGAUAGUGUUAAAUCUGUGAUUAAUAGAGAAACAAGCGCUUUAUUAACAUUAAAAUCUGCUUUAGAGGAAGGUAUAAUUCAACCUAAUGGAAUUUAUAAAGAUAAUGUUACGGGUGAAACAUUUACAAUUGCUGAAGCAGUGCGCCGGGGUUAUAUUACAUCAGUUGCCCAAAAAUCAAUUUUUGAUAUCGACGGGUUCCAAACGCCAGAUAAAUCUGGCUAUAUUAGCUUUAACGCGGCUAGUUCAAAAGGUUUUAUAAGUAAAAAACAAGGAGGUAGUUUAGUAACAAAUAUUAAAAAUGGAAAACUGAUAUCAUUCAAAGAGGGGGUAAAAACAGGGGAAGUAAAACCUGAAAUAUACAACAUGUUAACAAGAAAAGUAGGCAUAUUUGAAGAAGGCAUAGAACUCACUGUUGUUGAAGCUGUUUUCAAAGGCUACAUUAAUCCUAAAACUGGAAACUUUAUAGAUAUCAGUAAGAAUAAAAUAGUACCUUUAAAUGAUGCUAUAUCACAAAACCUUAUAUCGCCUGAAGGGGCAUCACUAUUAAAUAGUCUAUUAAUGGUUAAUGUAACAACCCAAACGACCUGUAAAGUAAUUCAACGUUAUGUAACUGUUACCACUUGUGGUGAAAAAUAUCUUCACAGUAAAUUAACAUACACAGAAGCAAUUCGAAAAGGUCUUAUUGAUAACGAAAGUAAAACAUUUAGAAAUCCUGAAACAAAUGAAGUAAUUUCAAUUGCUCAGGCACUUCAAGAAGGAAAAUUGUCACCAGAUGAAAACAGCUCUAAUGAAAACGUAACUGUACAAAAGCAGAUUGAAUCAGCUAAUAAGUCAAUUGACGAUCAACCGGAAAAUAGGGUUUUAACAACGUGUAAAGAGAGAAUUAAUUUACCUAUACACUCAGAAGAUUUUAUAGAAAUAGAAAAAAGAAAUACAAUUUUUUCAAAUACUAAAGUUGAAAUUCCUGCAGAGGGAUGGAAUUUAUCUGACGCAAUUAAACAAAAGAUGUUUGAUUGUGAGACGGGACUUUUUACUAUCACGGGAACAGACAGAUUGGUAAGCUUUGAAGAAUGUAUUAAGCUAAAGAUUAUAAAUCCACAGUCUGUAAUAGUUGUUGAUCCUAAAAGUCAAAGAAAAAUAAGCAUUUCGCGCAGUAUUGAUAAAAAAAUAGUAGAUAGUACUGGCCAUUAUAAUUUAGACAAAAGACGUAUUACUAUGAAAGAAGCAAUUGAAAAGGGUUAUAUUUUAUUAGAAGAAACAAUGGAUGUAGACCUUACUCCAUUGACAAGUCCAAGAAUCGCAGAAAGAGCGUAUGUUCAUCAAACUCAUAAAGUUCCUGAACCGGUAAAAUUAGAAGAAGGAGUUAUUUUUGACCCAAGUACAACUUUAAUAAUAUUACCCGAAAAAAGCGAAUCUUUACAGCUACUAAAAGCGCUUCAUGAAGGUAAGAUUUCACCUAAUACCGUUAAGAUUAUAGACCCUACCACAAACAAAGAAGUAGAUUUUAAAGAAGGACUUGCUAAAAAUAUUAUAAAUCUUGAGAAAAAUACAAUGAAAAACAAAAAAGGAAAUGAUGUACCUUUGAGUGAAGCAGUAAGAAGUGGACAUAUAACUGUCGCGGGAACUCCGCUAGUUGCAGAAAAACAAAUAGUUAAGCAUGUUCAAAAAAUGUUAGUUCAUGAUUCUCAAAGUAAUGAUUAUAUUCCUAUUGAAAUCGCAUACGACAUGUGUCCAGUGGAAGAGAAAAGCGCAGAAAUUGCACAACAAAUAGUAUCAAACACUCCUCAAUCGACAAUUGAAACAAAAUCGAAAAUUGUUUUAGACAGUGUUAAAGUAACUUGUCCAACAACAGGUAAAAUUUAUACUGUUCAUGAGGCAAUUCAAGCAGGGAUGUUAACACCGGAUUUUAUCGAUAAAUUAACGGAUUCAGAAAUUCAAUAUGACGUUGCAACAUUAAUAGAUUCGGAUGACAAAAAGUUUUUAACUCCUGGUGAAAAAGUUCGGGGACGAAUAACUGUUGAACCANUGAUUAAAUUACUUACUGAUAAUUACAAUAAAAAACUUGAAGAAAUUGUAUGA